AAAUUCUCAGAACAUAAAUUUGAAAAAAAAAAAAUAACUGUCAUUUUCAGAACAAACAAUGGAAACAUCUGUUAAUCAAAGGUAGGCACAAGAGGAAGUGGUGCUUAGGUGGUCGAUGGGUGUUUUCCUGUUGUUGUGUUCACACAUGACUGAGUGACCCUCAGAAGAAGACUGGAGGUAGAUCUGAAACCACCUUAACCAGAUCUGACUGAGCCAGUCACUAGAAGGCGCUGUAAACUCAUCUAGAACAGAACAUGCUGCCUCAUACAGCAGAUGUUUUCAGCCUUUUCCCCAUCAAAAAUCAAGCGCACUGGUUUUUCUUUCAGCACAGCCAUCGUUAUGAAAAAUCCUUUAUGAAUUUCGGUAUCGGUCUUUAAUUAGGGUUUUAGCUUGUAAUUCUCUUGUCAGUCAUUUUGGCAGUGGCUAGGAAACUACACCCAGAAUUAAACGGCCAGUCUUCUCAGAUUUAUUUAAAUAUUCGCCGUGGUAAACUCACAUUUUACUAAGAUGGUCAGAAAUAUGAAGAAUCUCAUUGUCCGCGUUUUUUUCUUGUUUUUCGCUAAUGGUGUGUUUGGUUUUGAGACCGAUGGCGUGAAGUCGAUAUCAGUGAUGGAGGGAGAUUCUGUCACUCUACACAUGUGUCUUAAUCAAAUACAAAAAUAUGAAAAAAUACUGUGGAAGUUUGAAAACACUCUCAUAGCUCAAUUCGACAAGGCUUCCCAAACGUUCUCCACAAAAGACGGAAAUGAUGGGAGGUUUAGAAACAGACUGGAGUUAAACACUGAAUCUGGAUCGCUGACCAUUAGGAACAUCAGAACUAACCACUCCGGAGUUUAUAAAGUGGACAUGAUCAGCACGAGCGGCUCCUCGAACAGGAGAUUCAAUGUGACUGUAAUAGGUGUGUUUGAUCCAGAUGCAGAGAAAAUAAAGCCUGUAUCAGCAAAGGAGGGAGAAUCCGUCACUCUAAACACUAACUUUAACGUACAGAAAGAUGAUCUGAUGGUGUGGAAUUUUGGACGGGCCACCAAACACUGCGUAUAUAAUCCGCUUCAUCACGUCCCGUGUCAAAGUGAUGUGAGCGCCAUCGCUAAAAUUGAUGGAGAAACCCGUGAGGUCUCAUUAGAUGCUGGCGACAGCGAGAUGUUUAGUAACAGACUGAAAAUGGACAAACUGACCGGAUCUCUGACCAUCACAAACAGCAGACCCGAACACUCGGGGUUUUAUAUACUACAGAUCAGUAAUAACAAUGGGACCAAAUACAGGAGAUUCAACGUUACUGUUAGUGCCAUUACGAAAUCCCACUCGCAUGUUGUUUGGAUGUCAAUCGCUAUAGUGCUUUUGUUGAUGGUGGCACUUUGGUGUUUGGCUGUGGGCUUUAAAAACUGGCGCAACAGGAACUUUUUGUUGGGGAAACUGAGGUCGUAUACCUGCUGUCAGUCUACAGGGGCGCAGCAACAACCUGAUUAUUUUCCUCCUUCAGAUAACACUCCGCUUCCUGUCCUUAUCUUAUAA